ACAACCACACUACAAAUCGAUCAGUAAAUCAAUGGAGAGCAGGAGCGCGAGAGAGCAUGGCCAUGGCCACCUUCAUCAGCAGCAUCAGCGGCCAUGGAGCUGCAGCUUCGGCUUCUCAUGGCCGCCGCUGCAGAGGUCGCCGCCGCCGUCGUCGUCGUCGUCGUCGUACACCUGCGGCUACUGCAGGAGGGAGUUCAGGUCGGCGCAGGCGCUGGGAGGCCACAUGAACGUGCACAGGAGGGAGAGGGCCAGGCUCAGGCAAUUCCCCAACCCUAGACCUCAUCCCCUUCCCAACCUCAACCUCUCGCCGCCGCCGCCACCGCCGCCGCCGCCGCCGCCGCCGCAGCAGCAGCAGCAGUGCUACUGCCCCGGCGAUCGUCCGGCCAUCGUCUACAGCUUCUUCUCCACGGCGGCGGCGGCGAUGGCGGCGACGAAGGGUUUGGAGGUGGAUUUGGAGCUUGGAGUCGGUGGUGGUAUGGAGGAAGGGUUGGAUCUUGAGCUUAGGCUUGGUUGUUCUUAGAUAACUAAUUAUUAACUCUCGUGAUGUUGUCUUUAAUUGAUUAGUUACUUAUGCGCAUGCAUUUGUAUUAAUUCAUGACCAAGCUAUAAUUAUAUAUAUGUAAUAUGUGUUCGGCAGGCUAGGUUUAUUGAAGCUGGACGAACAUAUAUAAUUAAUCUUCAGGUAGAGUGUCAAGUAAGUAGUUAGUUAGUAGUGUGGGUCAUGAUCAAUAUAUGAACUUUUGCAUGCUUAAUCGAUUGACUGUUCAUUA